AGUUUGUGUUUGGAUCGAUAUGCGAAUGGUUCGAACAAAGUCGAGUAAUUUAAAAGAAAGAUCAUAUUGUAAUACCAAUAAAAUAGCAAAGAAUACUGCGAAAAUCGUUAUGACAUCUUUCAAAAGAAUUCCCGUUUCUCAAUAAAUUCUUCGCUGAAAAUUAUUCCAUCACAUUUAAAUAAAAAUGUUUCAUGAAUUGAUGAGCAAUAAAAGUCAAUGAUUUAUUCGGAAUUCGACUUGGAAAAUAAUGAUUUUGAUAGUGACGAAAAAAGUCAAAAUCUAUUCGAGGUUUUAUCAAAAUGAUGCACAAGUAAUAACAAGUGCACAUUUGUGAUUUUGUUAUGCAAUUCAUUCAUGUAUGUCAUUGUGUCCGAUACGGUCCGAUUUGGGCAUGUAUGAGCGUGCUACGCUAGCUUCACUUACACCACUUACGCUAUAUAAAAGCACACUCCACUAUUCAAGUUUUAAUACGCAAGUGUUAGUCGACAACGCACGAUGGCAAGCAUUCAAAGUGCAAAUAAUUCAAAGUCUAUCAGUUUGAUAGAAGUGAGCGAAAAUGAGGCAGAAAAUGGAAAUAAAGAUCAAAUAAUUAGCUUGAUAGAAAUAAAUGAAAGUGAAGAAGAAGAAGAAGGUGAAAACAAUGAAAUAAAAUCGGUGUGUGAUGUGUUUAAAUUGAGAAAUAUGAAAAGAGCCAAACGAAAUUGGAGAAAGUGUUUGGGAUGUGACGAAAACAAAAACCUACAUCGUCCUUCUUUGGAAAUGAGACGAUACUUUUGUAAUUCAGAAAGGGUAUACAUACAAAAAAACGAUCGUGUUUGCGACUUUCAUCUCAACAGUCAUAAUUGGAGUGAAAUUCAUUUUAAAAAAUCUUCAAUGUUCAGCAGCAAACUUGUAGAUGAAAUGCUUGCCCUUUUGAUGAAACCUCCAUUAAAUGAAUGCCUACAAAUUGAUAUUGGCUUGAGUGAUGUCGAAUUUAAGCGAAUUCUGCGUGAGUUAAAUAUUCCGGACAGUCCAAACAAAAAACAGAAAAAAAUGGUAAGGGCGGUGAAAGUUUAUUUGGAACGGCUUCGCAAUGGUGAUACGUAUAAGCAAAUAGCUCAACGAUACAGCAUGGAUCGUAGAACAAUUGGCAAGAUAAUCAAAUGUGGCAGAAGUAUUUUGCUAAAUGAUUUUGUUCCAAACCAUCUUGGGUAUGAAAUUCGAUCUCGCCAAUGGCUUAUAAAACAUACAUCUAAUCUCGCACGCAUGCUUUAUUGCAAUAAUGACACGACAAAGUGUGUAAUUAUUCUCGAUGGAACCUAUAUUUAUGUUACAAACAGCAGCAAUUAUUCACAUCAACGCAAAAUUUAUUCGGGACAGAAACGGCGACAUCUAUUUAAAAUUAUGAAAAUAGUUACUGUGGAUGGUGCAAUCAUCGAUUUAUUUGGUCCUUUUCCAGCCACAAUUAAUGAUGCUGAAAUUAUCAAGAAGGUUUUUGAGCAAACAUCUAUUGAACAACUUUUCAGUGUUGGUGACGUCGUUCUAGUGGACAGAGGGUUCCGUGACUCUGUGAAAUUUCUUGAAAAUAAAAAAUUUGUCGUGAAAAUCCCUGAAUUUAUCGCGAAAGGCAAUAAUGGUAAGCUAACCACAAAGCAAGCCAAUAGCUCACGCCUUGUCACAAAAAUGAGAUUUGCAAUUGAAGCCGCCAAUGGGCGUAUGAAGAGUAAGUGGAAGCUCUUUAACAAAUUAAUUCCGUCUAUUCUCUCCAAAGACUUGAUGAAUGAUUAUAAAAUCGGUGCGUCAAUAAUAAAUGCAUACGGAAAACCAAUUGAGGCUGAUAAGCACGAUUAUCCAUAUAUUGGUUCUCGUUUGAUAAGCCUUGUAUCAACGAAAAAUGAAUUGGAACCAAUUAUCAAGUCAAAAGCAUUUAAGCAAAUAGCCAAUCGCCAUUUACAAUUAACGGAUCCAAGCCAGCUAAUUUUCCCGAAAUUCAGCCAAGAGGAACUGAAAAAAAUUUCACUUGGAACCUAUGCCAUUCGACAAGCAAUUUCAUAUGCAGCAGACCAUAGAAAAUUGCACGGUGAAUUUGCAAUAUACACAUUGCCAACAGAUCACGUGUCUGUCCACUUCGCAAAAAUAUGUGCCAAAGAACAUUUUACAAAUCCGAUGUUAAUUUGUGCCAAGAUAAAAUCUAGAUUUCGAAGUAAAAAUACACAUAAUGUGUAUAUUUUGUAUGACUCGAAUUCUAGAGAAAAUUUGCUUCAUUUAUGCGAAUGCCAGCACGGCAAUCGGACAGCUGGCUGUUGUGGCCACGUUAUGGCUGUAGUAUGGCAUUUCGGCUACGGUCGACAUGAAACACCAAAAGAUCCAGCUUCACAUUUAAACGACUUUUUCAAUGCUUUCACCUAAGUCACAUUUUUCCAAGCCUUUUUGUUCGUUUUUUUCACGUAAGAUUGGUAUAAAUAAACAAAACUUGUCCAUUUAUUUUUUAAAGGAAAAUGAACUGAUUCUCUAUUUAUUUAUUCGAUUCAUGUAUUUCAUACAUUUGAAAUACUGACAGUAUAUUGUUACUGAAACCGAAAUAUUCAAUUUCGUAUGAUGCGCAAUAAUGAAUCGGUUUCGUUUAUUUAGAUUAACGGUGGUUGUUUUUUUUAUUUGCUAUUGCUGCUGCUGUCAUUGUAUUGGGUAAACAUAUCGUUCUAUCUCUAUGUCUUACAUUCUCUUUUUGUGUGACUUUCAAUAUAAGUGUUUCGCUAUAAAUGAAACGGGAAAGCGGAUUGCUUCUGCGUUGUUAUUUUGUGUCAAUACAUGCAGUUCGAUUUUGCAUGCUGAUGGUGCUCGAUCGCAUGUCACAGAGAGAAAUAAUUUUAAUCAUGCCGCAAACAGAAAAUUUCAAGUGGAAUACCACAGCUUCAGAUUUGUUGGGACGAGGUGCCUUUGGCCGUGUGUACAAAGGAAUUGGGAGCAAUGGCCAAACUGUGGCAAUCAAAUCAUUCUCAUUCACAUUGAAAUCGUACAUAGCUAGAGAAGCUGCCACAAUGGCUGCGUUAAACCACCAAAAUAUCGUCAAAUUUUUGGGUUUAGAAAAAUGGAAUGGAUGAACAAGUUCUAAUUAUGGAAUGCUGCAAAGGUAACAUGCAAGAUUUGAUUGACACAAAUCCAAAUGGUUUGACUUCAGACGAAUUCAUAAAAUUCUGCCAAAAUCUCGUCGAUGCAAUUCAGCACAUGCACAACAAAAAUGUUAUACAUCGCGAUGUUAAACCGACUAACAUUCUGCUAAUGCAUCACAAUGGACAAACUAUUUACAAACUGGCCGACUUUGGUGCCGCGCGUUUCCUCGGAGACAAUGAAACUUAUGGUUCUUUGUAUGGGACAUUCGAAUACGUGCAUCCUGACAUUUUCGCGAAAUUUUAUGCGAAGGCUCUGGAUAUAUCUUAUCCAAAACAAACUUUCAAUGAUUAUCAUGAGCUAUGGUCGGUGGGUGUAACGAUUUUUGAAGUAGCUUCAGGACGAUUGCCAUUUAAUCCUAAAAAGGGUCGCGCAGAUCACAAACAAAUGUAUCGCAUGAUGAAACAAAAACAAACUGAUUGCAUUUCGGCUGAGGAAACCGAAUGUGGAAUUAAUUGGUCGCGAGAAUUACCGGAAAAUUGUCACCUGGAUGAAUCCGUAAAACAGGUCAUCACGCCACUUCUGGCUGGACUGUUACAGCCUACCAAUGAAUGGUCAUUUCAACAUUUUUUUGAAGAAGCGAAGCGUAUUUUAUAUCAUGAAUCUACACUGCCUAUCGAAAAUGAGCAAAAUCAUGCACAACAACCAAAUUGGUCGCACAAGUUUCGAAUGCAUCCCCGAGCAAGACGUCAUCGACCAAAUCGAGCAAGACACAUGGGAGAAAUUCAAUGGUGGCGGCCUAAGCAAUAUCGGAAACGGCUAUUACGUUAGAAUGCUUCACAAAAAUCGCACAAAAAUACAACACAGUUAAAUCAUAAGCUAGUUC